AGCUCUCUUUCCCCGCCCCACGCCGCUUUACGACAGCCGGUGGCGGCUUUGCGGCCGGUCCCGGUGCCGUAAGGCGAGCCGGGGCGCUCCACGAGCAGAGCCCGGCUGGUCGCCAGAGUGCGGUCGGGGCGGCCAUGGCCAGUACAAUGGUGGCGGUUGGUCUGACCAUAGCGGCAGCUGGAUUCGCAGGUCGCUAUGCACUAAAAGCUAUGAAGCAAAUGGAGCCACAAGUAAAACAAGCACUGCAGAGUCUAUCAAAACCUGGUUUCAGUGGUUAUUACAGAGGUGGAUUUGAACCCAAAAUGACUAAACGAGAAGCAGCUUUAAUACUAGGAGUGAGCCCUACAGCAAACAGAAGUAAAAUACGAGAAGCUCACAGACGCAUCAUGCUUCUGAAUCAUCCAGAUAAAGGUGGUUCUCCAUAUGUAGCAGCCAAAAUCAAUGAAGCUAAAGAUUUACUGGAAGACCAAGCUAAAAAAUGAAAGAGAGAAAAGCCAGGAGGGUUUGUCCAUGCAAAUGAUUAUUUUUGAUAAAUGGCUUAAGAAAAGUUCUAAUGUCAGUCUUUGACUUAAUAUAAAUGAAGCUGGAAUUAUGAAUCCAGGGAGGUGCUUCCCUCCCCGCUCACUUCUUAGGCACUUUUUGGGGAAAUGUGUGAGGGAGCAGGGCAUAAAAGCUUUUCUUCAUAGCUGUUCUUUAUUAAGCAGGAAAAUCUGCCACUCAGAAGUAUUUUCAGUGUACAAGAGUAAUAACUUGGUUUGGCCAAUGCAUGUUAGCAGGUACAGGUAGACUUACAUGCUGUUACCUAAUUUUUGUUAAACUAGCUAUGUUUAAAGUUAAUGCUGCUGUUCUUUCAUAUGCCAAAGGUAGCACGAUGAAUUGUUUUGGGGGGGAUGGAAAGAAAUCAAGAGGAUUUAUUUGACAGCAAGAACUGGGACAGAUGUGUGUGUGUCUCUGACUGAAGAAAUAAAGUAUAGGAAACAACGUACUCCGUUGUCUUCACCUUGUGAAGAACAAGAUUGGUUGAGCUGUUACUGAUGGGUCUGGAAUGUCUGGGAUUUUUAGUAACUUUCAAUUUUUAAUUCAUUUUAUAGAAUUUAAUAAAUUCCAAAUUUGUAAUUUAA